AUGCCUUCCGAUACAAUUUGGUCAAGUGCUAGCACAUCCCCUAUCCAAUCUAAUUCACUGUUAUCUGCUAAUUCGUACAAUAAAAACUCAUUCAAAUCAGUGUUGAAUCAAGUUGACUCUGAUGUUGCUCGGUUCUUGUCAAAUACAAAUCCAUUGGACCCGUUGAGUAGUGAUCGAAGAUUCUCAUUCAAUGAUGGUAGUGAUAUUGAGGAUGAUUUCUUUGGAUUAAAGAGAGGUGCAUUAUCAGCAAUUACUGCCCCAGUUGGUGGGAACAAUCAUCACCAUCACCAUCAUAAUAACAAUAAUAACUCAAACACUUCCCCAGUUAAUGGAAACAGAAUCAAUUUUGGUACCGCUUCAAUUAGUGGUGGGAUUGCAAGCAGACAUCCACCUCAAGAGAGUUUUUUACAAAAAUUUGCCAAUGUUGGUGAUGCAACGAGGGAAAUUGAAUUGGGUAAAUUGUCUUUGGACGGUUCAAGAAGAACUAGUUUUAACAACGACAGGUAUGGUUCUGGUUCUCUUAAUGAGAAUUUGAACAUGCCCGUGCCUCGUUCAUCAAGACACCAGUCAAUUAGUGAAAAGAUUGACUAUUACAACAACAGUUCUCCUAUUCAGGGUCAUGGGUCUGUCAAUGGUGGUGAUUUGGCACCUGCGGAGAUAAAUAACGCAACAGUUGCUUCGUCAUCACAUGUGCCUCAAACUUUUUGGAAUCCCGCGGCGGCUACUUCGUUUACUCCCUAUAAUCCUAAUUUCAUGGAAAGUUCUGUGCCAACUCCACCACCUAUGCCGUUUCAAAAUUCAUUUUAUCGUAACCAUCCACAGCCACAGUCACAGCCACAGUCACAGCCACAGUCACAAGAUUCCAAUGGCAAUGGCAAUGGCACCACCUCACCUCCAAUGCCUCCUCCCUUUAUGAUUCCUUCGCCACCUCCGCAUCCUCAAAUGAUGGAUCCAAUGUUUAGUAUGAUGUAUGGAAACUUUCCCAUGCCAUUCCCACCACCCAUGCCACCACAACCUAGUGAAGAGAAAGAUAAAGAUGAUGAUUCCACUGAAGCUAAUGAAGGUAAAAAAACUCAGGGGCCUAUUGGUGUGGGGCUUAUGAAUAGACAGUUUUCUCCUGCAGCAUUUAUGCUUCCUUUCAAUCCCUACAUGUAUCAGCAAGUACCACCACCAACUAUGCCCGACGCAAUGAGAAUGGCAUCUCCACCACCACAUCAACCACCUCCAACAUCUUCUUCAGCAUCAUCGCUGCAACUGCAACAACACCAACAGCAACCACUGUCAAAGAAUCAUCACCAUCAUGGUCCAACCGGAUCAGCUCCUCCAUCAUCCUCAGGAGCAAACUCAUCCAAGAAGAAAUCCAACAAGAAACCAUUCAUUUAUCGCUCACCACUACUUGAAGAAGUACGUGCCAAUCAAAGUAGCUACACACUCAAGGAUAUCUUCGGACAUGGUGUUGAAUUCACCAAGGAUCAACAUGGAUCAAGAUUUAUUCAAACUAAGCUUCCACAAUCGAGUGACGAAGAAAAAGAGGUUAUUUUCAAGGAAAUUUGUGACAUUUCAUUUGAUUUGAUGACGGAUGUAUUUGGAAACUAUGUCAUGCAAAAGUACUUUGAGUAUGGUUCUGAACAACAAAAGCAGAUAUUAUUGCAGAAAAUGUUGGGACACAUUUAUGAAUUGUCGUUGCAGACAUAUGGAUGUCGAGUCGUUCAACGAGCUUUGGAAUCAUUACAAGAACAAGAUCAAUUGAAGAUUAUUUUGGAAUUACAAGAUAAAGUUCUUGUGUGUGCAACCGAUCAAAACUCCAACCAUGUGAUUCAAAAGAGUAUUGAAUUGAUUGAUUUUGAUAAAGUUCGAUUCAUUUUGGAUGUAUUAACUGGUCAUUUUUAUCAUCUCUGUACUGAUCAAUACGGAUGUCGCGUUGUUCAAAGAUUGAUCCAUUUUGGAAAUGAUAAAGAUAAACAAAUGAUUUACAAUGAAGUGGAAUCUCAUUUGGGAUUUUUAAUUACUCAUAAAUUCGGAAAUUAUGUGAUCCAAGCAUGUUUGGAAAAUCAACUUCGAGAACAAGACAUUUUUACUACUGUUGUUUGUAAAUUUACUCAUUUUGCCACCAACAAGUAUGCCCUGAAUGUAUGUGAGAAAUUGGUUGAUCUGGCUACACAGUUGCAAUUGCAAAAGAUUUUGGAAGUUGUGAUGCAUGGUAAUGAGUUGGAACGGAUUAUGGGAGAUGAGUAUGGUAAUUAUGUCGUGCAGAAGAUUGUGUCGGUGCUUGAUGGCAAUAGUAGCGAAAAGAAGCAGUUGGUUGUGAAGUUGCAGCAAUUGUUGUCUAGAAAUAAUAGUGGUAAAAAGAGUGUGGAGAAGAUAUUGUCGUUGUGUAUGGAGGAAACUGCUGGGACGAAAUGA